AUGGCCGAACGCCCCCGACGUCCCCUUAUCCAGCUCCAAGGCGGAGGCAGCAGAUCGUGCAUCAUCCCCGGCUUGAUGGAUCAUUGGAAGCAGUUACUCGAGCGCCGCCUCGCAUGGAUCCGCCACCAUCGCGACAAUCCGAACAUCAACCCUGACGUCGACACAAGCAAGUUGAUCACCGGCUUCGAUGGACUGCCUACCUGCGAGAACCUCCCCCCCGAGCCUGAAGCCUUCAGGCCCAUUCCGUACUCUGAAAAAGACACCAACGGCAUCGAGAUGAGAUUGCUCUUUGAGCCUGUGAACCGUGCCUGGGCCAGGGAGCACGUCGCCCCUAAGCACUUCAUCGACAACGUCACGCACAUCCUGAAGGGCAGAUCGGUAGCAACACACUUCGCCUGGGCCCAUCUCUUCGACUGGCUUUACACCAUGGAUGUGCACAGAGUCAUCAAGACUCUUGAUCUGAUGGAACGCAUCAUAGAGGCAAGGAAGAUGUACGUCCGGGACAUCGAACAACUUAAGCACUUCGCCGAGAACCCCCAUACUAUCACGCAGCGACGCGACUCCUUAUGCAUUCAGACCAUGUGCCGUAUCAUCGGACUCGACGUCGAUGACAAUUUCGAUUGGUUGUAUCAGCAGCCGUUCCAACAUAUGCAGCUCAAGUGUCGUGAGGAAUGGAUUAGCAAGGUUAUUCAGCCCGCGCACGAAGCUCUUGCUGCACACAAGCCUGAUCCCAGAGCCAGAAUAGCCCUCUUUGAUUGUGUCAAGUCACUACAAAACUCAGACGCCAACGUGAGGCUGUAUGCACUACUUGACCACGAGAUGGUCGAGAUGAUGCAAGAGGUGCGCGCGGGUAUACCUCCACUUUAA